AAGAAAAAAAAAAUGUCUUCUUGUUUCAAAUCCUCUGUUUCUCUGAUCUUAAUUUGCUUCUUUAUGAGCUUAAACUCAAUUACUUCUGCAACAGAUCCAACUUAUCUCUACCACAUAUGUCCAAACACAACAACGUUUUCAAGAAACAGCACUUACUUGACCAAUCUCCGAACCGUUCUAUCAUCUCUCUCUUCUCCAAACGCAACUUACGAAUCACGUUUUGAUAACGCAACCGCUAGUGAUGAUAAUGAUAACAACAACAACAACAACAACAGAGUCUACGGAGUUUUCCUCUGCCGUGGAGACGUCUCAGCUGAUACAUGCCGUGACUGUGUUGCGUUUGCGGCCAACGAAACGCUCCACAGGUGUCCGAGAGAGAAAGAGACAGUCAUUUGGUACGACGAGUGUAUGGUAAGAUACUCGAAUCAAAGCAUCGUAGGGCAAAUGAAAGUUAGACCUGUUGUUUUCUUCUGGAACACGCAAAACAUCACAGAGAGUCAAGUGAGCAGUUUCAAUGAGUCUUUGGCUGCUUUGUUGAUCAAGGCUGCGGUGAAAGCAGCUGCGAGCUCGAGAAAGUUUGUUACGGAGAAAGCGAACUUCACGGUUUUUCAAACGAUUUAUAGCCUUGUGCAGUGCACACCUGAUUUGACGAAUCAAGAUUGUGAGAGCUGUUUGAGACAAGCUAUUAAUUGGUUGCCGGACUGUUGCGAUCGAAGAAUUGGCGGGAGAGUAAUCGCGGCGAGUUGUAGCUUUAGAUACGAGCUUUAUCCUUUUUACAAUGAAACUAUUACUGCACCACCACUAAAGCUUCCUUCAGAAAAAGGGAAAGACAAGAGCUCGAAGGUGAUAGUAACCGCGGUUGCUGUUCCGGUUUCUGUCUGCGUGUUACUUCUCGGUGCCGCGUGUUGUUUACAGCUGUUAAGAAGAAGGAGAAAGCUCAGUGCUCAAACAGAGGAAUUAGAUGGAGAUAAUAUUACAUCAACAGAAACAAUGCAGUUUCAGUUUAGUGCAAUAGACGCAGCUACUAAUAAGUUUUCAGAAAGUAACAAGCUUGGUCAUGGUGGCUUUGGUGAGGUUUACAAGGGUCAGCUUAUAACCGGUGAAACAGUAGCGAUAAAGAGACUAUCUCGAGGAUCGACACAAGGAGCUGAAGAAUUCAAGAACGAAGUUGACGUGGUUGCGAAGCUACAACACAGGAAUCUUGCUAAGCUCUUGGGAUAUUGCUUAGAUGGAGAAGAGAAAAUACUUGUUUAUGAGUUUGUUCCUAACAAAAGCCUCGACUAUUUCCUUUUCGAUAAUGAGAAGAGAGGACUUUUGGAUUGGCAAAGAAGGUACAAGAUCAUUGAAGGGAUAGCUCGAGGAAUACUUUAUUUACAUAGAGAUUCACGGCUUACGAUCAUUCACCGUGACCUUAAAGCAAGUAACAUACUCUUAGAUGGAGACAUGAAUCCAAAGAUCUCAGAUUUCGGUAUGGCGAGGAUCUUUGGUGUUGAUCAAACUCAAGCCAAUUCUCAAAGAAUCGUUGGUACAUAUGGUUAUAUGUCUCCUGAGUAUGCAAUCCACGGGCAAUACUCAGUGAAAUCGGAUGUUUAUAGCUUCGGAGUCUUGGUUCUUGAACUCAUAACCGGUAAAAAGAACAGUAGCUUUUAUGCAGAAGAUGGUCUUGGAGAUUUAGUGACCUAUGUGUGGAAGCUAUGGGUGGAGAAAUCACCAUUGGAGCUAGUGGAUGAAGCAUUGAGAGGGAAUUUUCAGACAAAUGAAGUGAUCAGAUGCAUUCACAUUGCUCUAUUAUGUGUUCAAGAUGAUUGUUCAGAGAGACCUUCAAUGGAUAACAUACUUGUGAUGAUGAACAGCUUCACUGUUACUUUACCAGUUCCAAAGCGAUCAGGGUUUCUUCUUCAGAACAUGAAAGACUCUAAAGAUCAACGGUCAGGAGCUUCUGCAUCUGAUCAGUCAGCAACAAACAAGUCUGUUGAUGAUUCUUCCAUCACUAUUGUUUAUCCUCGUUGACUUCUUUUGUGUACUUACUGUUUGUAAAUAUAGAGUUUAGAC